UUUUGUUUAUGUUUUAGCAUGACAUCUUGACAAGAUGGCGGUGUUUCAUGCCGGUGCCAAGGUGAUCAAGCCUCAUGGUGAAGUUGCAGAUGCAUUUGAACUGACAGUAUCACAGGCUCUGAUUGAGCUUGAAUCCAACUCAGAACUUAAAGGGCAGUUGAGGGAACUCUUCAUCACAGGAGCAAAGGAGAUUGAUGUAGGUAACAGCAGGAAGGCCGUCAUUGUCCUGGUUCCCGUACCUCUACUCAAAGCCUUCCAGAAGAUCCAGGUCAGGCUUGUACGAGAGUUGGAGAAGAAGUUUAGCGGCAAGCAUGUGCUCUUUAUUGCUCAGAGGAGGAUCUUGCCGAAGCCAACAAGGAAGUCACGAAACAAGAGCAAGCAGAAGCGCCCUCGUAGCCGAACCUUGACCAUGGUCCAUGACAACAUCCUUGAGGACCUCGUCUUCCCAUCAGAGAUUGUUGGAAGGCGUACCCACGUCCAGCUGGACGGUAGCAGGAACAUCAAGGUUCACCUUGACGUUGGACAGAAGACACAGAUCGAACACAAGACCGGGACCUACGCUGCCGUGUACAAGAAAUUGACCGGAAAGGAUGUCACAUUUGAGUUCCCAGAAAACACUCUUUGAGCAAGCUGGCAGAGACAUACUCAAACACUCACACACAUGGGAUCAUGAUCAGAACACCGUUGCAUAUGGAAUAAAAUAAAUUCAGGGCAAGAAAGUACGCCAAACAAAAA